CCCCGCCCCUGCUGACCUAACCCGCCGGAACACCCUGCCUGGUGGGGGGGCAAGGCUGGUGAGGCCGGUGCGGCGGGGCAGGGCGGCGGGGCGGGGCACGAAGCACGGGGCACGGCGCGCGGCCACUGAACACCGGGGCAACGUUGGUGACUCCGCCCCGCCUUGGCCCGCCUGGUCCCGCCCGCCUGACCGGCCACGGGGUAUAUUAGCGCCCCGCCGCCCACCGCCGGCCAGUGCGUCAGGCAGGAUGACGGUAAUGCACACUCUGCGGUGGGCGGGCGAGGCGCUGCACCAACACCUCUCCCUGACGCUCAUCUUCCUCAUCGUCAUCCUCGCCACCAGAUACUUCAUCACACAGCGCCGGUACAAGCUGCCGCCGGGACCCUGGGGCUUCCCGGUGGUCGGCUAUCUGCCCUUCUUCGACAAUGAUAUCUUCAAGACCCUGCUGGAGCUCAAGGGACGCUUCGGCUCCAUCUACCGUGUCAGCUUCGGAACUCAGAGCGUGGUGGUGCUGGCAGACCCAGACGUGAUCCGCGACGCCUUCAGGAAGGAGGAGUUCCACCACAGACCCACCGGCACGCUCUUCGACAUCUUCGACGGAUAUGGACUCCUCAACAGCACGGGGGUCAUUUGGAAGGACCAGAGGCGAUUCCUUCACGAGAAACUUCGAGGCCUUGGAAUGAAGACAACAGGACCAGGGAGAGAAAAAUUAGAAGCGAGAAUAAUGAGUGAGGUUAAGUGUCUGCUUCACUGCCUGGCCUCGGGGAACGGCAAGGCAAUAGACGUGGAGGAGGUGCUGUGCAAUGCUCUCACCAACGUCAUCUGCAUCCUUCUCAUGUCCGUGCGCUUUCAACCAAACAACCCUCACUUCACUCGCUUCAUGGAGCUUUAUGACGAGGGAUUCAAGCUUUUCCUCAAGUGUAACAUCGCCUGCUACAUCCCAGCUUGCCGUUACAUCCCUUCAGUGAGCCACAACAUUAAGAAACUCAUACAGAACAGAGGAGAGUCUUGCGAUAUGAUUAAGGGGAUUAUCAACCAUCGUCGUGAGACUUUCGAUCCUGAAGUGACAGCGGAUAUCCUGGACAGCUAUCUUCUUGAGGAGCGGCGUGCUAAAGAGGAAGGUCGUGUUCUCUAUGACGGAUUGGAUUUUGACCGCCAGCUGACACAAGUAAUGACGGAUAUGUUCAGCGCAGGAGAAGAGACGGUGAAAACUGUCCUGAUGUGGUCGUUUGUUUACCUCCUGCGUCACCCUGAGGUCAUGAAAAGGGUGCAAGAGGAACUGGAUGCUGUGGUCGGGAGGUUACGCAUGCCCUCACUGGAUGAUCAACAACACCUGCCUUAUACUGAAGCUACGAUAUGCGAGGUGCUUAGACGUUCCAGUGUGGUGCCUCUCGGAACCUUCCACGCCACCAACAGGACUACGGAACUUGGAGGUUACACGAUUCCUGAGAACACAACGGUCAUCCCACUCCUCUACGCCUGCCACAUGGACCCUAAGCAGUGGGACAACCCCGAGGCAUUCGACCCAAUGAGGUUUAUUGACGCAGAAGGAGGUGUCAAGAAACCCUCACAGUUCAUGCCCUUCGGUAUCGGCAGGAGGAUAUGUCUAGGGCAAGUCCUGGCGAGAAGUGAGCUGUUUCUCUUCUUCACUUCCAUCCUGCAUGUGUUUGAUGUGGCGUUACCUGAGGGAGAGCCAAUGCCUUCUAUGGACGGAGACAUGGCCACCACAUAUUCCCCCAAACCAUUUAAGGUUAGCUUCAUCCAGCGGGACUCUCCAGAAAAUGUUACUUCGCGUCCCUAUGUGUUUCGUGGGGCUGGUCUGUGAGGCUACACCCACCCUGCCACCCCCCUGCCACUACCCCUGCCACCUACUUGCCAACCCCAUGUAAGGACCCUGUAAACAUCAUGCUAACCCUCUGUGAAGACCAUGCCACCUCAAUGUAAAGACCCUGCCACGCCCAUGCCAAUCCCUGCCACCCCCUGCCAUCCCUCUACCGACUCCUGUCACACCCCUGUCAAUUCCAUGAAAAAAACUGCCACGUCCAUGUAAAGACAAUGCCACACCCCUGCCACGCCCCUGCCAUCCCCUACCACCCUCCUGCCAUUCCCCUGCCAACCUUGUCACACCCCUGCAACUCACUUGAAAAGACCCUGCCACCUUUCUCCCUGUAAGGAGGCUGCCACACCCCUGCCACCUCCCUGUAAAGACCCUGCCAAGCCUACCCAUCUCAUGCCCCUGUAAAAAUGCUGUAAAGACUGCCAUCCCUUGUAAAGAUCCCUACCACUCCCCCUGCCAUCCCCUACCACGUACUUGCCACCCCCAGCCCCUGCCCC